UACAUUCUGCCCCCUCCGUCACCGUCCCCAACUCCGCCGUACGAAUCCAAACGCCCCUCUUCUCGGACCUCCUCCACCGGCGUCGGCGGCAGAGGCCACGUAGCCCUCGUCGGAGCGUCUCGGGCCCUUCCGUGCCCCCUACUCGUCUCAGAUUCCGGUCAGAUGGAAGGCGGCGAGGGCUCCGGAUUCGACGCGGCACACAUGAAGAGGCGGCGGAGCAGCGCGGGGAGGCGGCCGAGGCCGGAGGGCGGCGGCCCUGCCGCGGAGCAGCGGGACAACAACGCCUCCCCUCCGUCGCCGUCGGCGUCGUCCAGGACCGGCCCGAGGAAGCUGCUGGUGACUUCGGACGAGAACGCCACCGGCCCCGACGGGGGCAACCGUAGUAGGCGUGAGUUCCUGCUGAACGCUCCGUCGCCGGAGCGUGCGACCAAGGGCAGCAUCCGGCUGCGUUCCGAGGCCGCGGCCGGUGGCUCAAGGAAGAGCGAGGGUAGCGGCCAUGGUGCGCAUGCCCCUGAGGGGAACCGUGGUUCGUCGCCGGCCGGCGAGAAGCUGGGGAAGGUGAAGCUCAAGAUUCGUAACGUGUUACCGAAACCGAACCCUGAUACGUCGCCUUCGAAGCCUCCACGGCCUGUAGAUUCGCGGCACCAGCAAAAGCAUGGCCAUCUGAACGAAGGCGCAAAAGAUUCUGACAGGUCAACUUCUUCACGAGACAAGAAAGCCCGAAAGGAGAGGUCAAUUGAAGAAACAAUGGUGCAGGAGCAAGCAGGCAAAGUUCAGAGAGAACCUUCUUCAGAUCCUGUCCGGAAGAGCAGAAGGCUUGCUAAGAAAUCUGUGGACAAUGAAUUUGAUGAGGACUAUGAUACAAGCAAUCUUGGAACUCCUGAAGAUUGGGAUGGUACUCGUGAGCCUAAGAGCAAAGGAAAUAACUCUAAGAAGAGUGCCUCGAAGAAAGGGAAAAAUAGGAGCAAGGUGUAUGGGGCUGAUAAUGAUUUUGUUACUUCCCGGUCUGGCAAGAAAAGAUCUAGAGAAUCAGCUGAUGAUGAUAAUACUGAAGAAGAACCAACCUCAGACAGUGAGCCUGACGUCGAAGACACCGAACAAAAAACAGCGAUUGAGUCACCUGUCAAUGUUAGAAGUGAACCUCUCACAACACGUCGCCGUGCCCUUCAAUCAUGGAUGGAUGGCAGCAGCAGCAGUACUGUUGAGUUCCCUGAUGGUCUACCUCCAGCUCCUUCAAGAAGCAAGAAGGACAAGCUUUCUGAAGAGGAAAUGCUUGCAAAGAAAGCUGAAGCUGCUCAGCGACGCAGGAUGCAAGUGGAAAAGGCCACUAAAGAAAGUGAGGCGGAAGCUAUAAGGAAAAUAUUGGGCAUGGACUCUGACAAGAAGAAAGAAGAGAGGAAGCAAAAGGAGCGAGAAGAGAAGGAGCGAGCUACCAGAGCACAAAACAUUGCAGCAAACUCGGUCCGCUGGGUCAUGGGGCCCACCGGAACCGUUAUUUCAUUUCCACAUGCAGUAGGCCUCCCCAGCAUCUUCAACUCCAAGCCUCACAGCUACCCUCCUCCUCGGGAGAAAUGUGCUGGGCCAUCGUGCACGAAUGACUACAAGUACAGGCACUCCAAGCUGAACCUCCCCCUCUGCAGCCUCAAAUGCUACAAGGCCGUCCAAGGAAAUGCUUGAUAGGAUUCCGGAAACAUGAUGGUGUGAGUUUGUGUCGUUGUCAUUGGCAUCUACGGCUGGAAAUAAGGCAUGAUGGUUCACCAUGAUGAUGUGCAUUUGCACUUUGAGUUCUAAAGGAUGCAAUAAGGGUCUGCCUGCAAAUGUAUAGAAAUGGAUAUCUACAUGUAGAUUUGUGGGUAGAGAUGUAGAAGAUCUUUUUACUGAAUCCGUGAUUAGAGAUACCGGAUGUUAUUGUUAUCCCACAAUGCGUGUUCUGUUCUUAGUUCUUUUGAAAAAAUAAGGAUGGUUUGUUGUA